CUUCAUGCCCAUUUUCAAAAGGGCCGCCUCUCACGGGCCUGCGCUUCUGACUGCGCAGGCGCGAACACAGGUCCUCUUUCCGCCAAAAUGGCGCUGGGGGUCUUGCACGGCCGCCGGGAGCUUCUACGCCUCCUACGACCCCAACGUCAGUUCCACAGCGUCCCGGGAGUCUUGCACUCGCCCCGGAAACUCCCCACCGCGGGGCUCCUGUUCCCAGCCGGACGGUGCUGCGGGCGCCCGCGCUGUGUCCUCCUGGCCGCCCCCGGCCCCCGCGGCCUCAGGACCUCCGCCGUGUGGUUUGCAGAUGCCCAGGUUCAGGCCCCUCCAGUCAUUCCUGCAACUCCCUCACCCACAGCAGUGCCGGAAGUGGCUCCUGGAGAGACUACAGAUAUACUGCAAGCUGUUACAGAACCGAGCUUCAGUGAACUGGGGCUUAGUUCAUUCACCCCCGUGGGACUGGUCCAGAACUUACUGGAAUCUAUGCAUGUUGAAUUCGGCCUGCCUUGGUGGGGGGCCAUUGCUGCAUGCACCGUCCUCGCCCGCUGCCUGGUGUUUCCUCUCAUUGUGAAGGGCCAGCGAGAGGCGGCCAAGAUCCAUAACCACUUGCCAGAGCUCCAGAAGUUUUCCACUCGAAUCAGAGAUGCCAGGUUGGCAGGAGAUCAUGCUGAGUUUUACAAGAUCUCCUCAGAGAUGACAUUUUACCAGAAAAAGCACGAUGUUAAACUCAUGAGACCUAUGAUUCUACCUCUGACUCAGGCCCCAAUCUUCAUCUCCUUCUUCAUUGCCUUGAGAGAAAUGGCCAACCUUCCUGUGCCCAGCCUGAAGACAGGUGGCCUCUUAUGGUUCCAGGAUCUCACACUAUCUGACCCCACCUACAUAUUACCACUGGUUGUCACUGCUACAAUGUGGGGUGUCCUUGAGUUAGGUGCUGAGACCGGUAUGCAAAGUUCUGACAUUCAGUGGAUGAGAAAUUUUAUCAGAGUGAUGCCUCUAGCGGUCUUACCCAUAACAAUCCAUUUCCCAACGGCAGUGUUUGUGUACUGGCUCUCUUCCAACGUGUUUUCCCUGGUCCAAGUGUCCUGCCUCCGGAUCCCAGCCGUCCGCACCGUGCUUAAAAUCCCCCAGCGUGUUGUCCAUGACCCCAGUAAAUUACCCCCACGGGAAAAUUUCAUAGAGAGCUUCAGAAAAGGCUGGAAGAACGCUGAGAUGGCACAUCAGCUACGGCAGCGUGAACAGCGUUUGCAGAACCAGUUGGAACUAGCAUCCAGGGGUCCCUUACGACAGACCUUUACCCACAACCCUCUGCUGCAGCAUGAAAAGAAUCAUCCUCCGGACACCCCCAGCAGCAGCAGCAAACCAAAGUCAAAGCAGCCCUGGCGUGAUACACUGGGCUGAAUUCCGUCCCCCGUUCCUUCUGGCAGGAACUUGGUCUCUCUAAGAUUUAGCCUCAAAAUGAGAUUGGAUGCUGAGUCCUUGCCCCAGACUAGAACCCAAGAGGCACAGAAGAUGUUGAUUUCAAAGACUCUCACACCGAGGUGUAAAAGCACUGCGUGGCCAGGGGACCUUCCUGCCCACGGAGUUAGUGAGCCUCUGUACUUGCUAUGUGCUACUUGCUGGUAUUUAUUAAACAUGGAGAUGGAUUGUGUAUUUUGGGAAAA